AUCUAACAAUAAUUUGAAUGUUAAUCCUUUGGGUAGUGCACAAUCGGUGACAGCAUCUGUAUUUGCACCCCGAUCCCAACAUAUACCAUUGACAACAACAACAGCAUCUAUUUUUGCUAAGCAGCAUCCACAACAACAACAGGAGCAGCAACACCAGGCAGAGUCGGUCAAUCAACAAGAUAUGAAUAAAGGAUAUUUAACAUUUGCCGAAGAUGCCAGUGAAUUAACAAUGCUUAAAGAAGAACCCGAUGAUCUAACAGCCCAUUUGGUGGCACCGAAUGCCGUUGAUGCUUGCCUGCCACUCGAUGAGACGACACCAUUAUUUAGUGAAAUGCUUGUCGGUCUAAUGGGCACUUAUGGUGGCCUCUUAUCCGAUGAUAUCAGUUCUUUGGACUCAUCCAAUUCAUCGUCAUCGAAUACAGUCGAUCAAUGCCACCACCAUCACAGCAACAACAGCAGCAACAAUAGUUCUGCCUCAUCGCCCUACAGUAAUCAUAAUGGAACAACAACAACAACUUCGACAACACAUAAUCAACAACACAAUCAGCAGCAGCAUCAUCGGCAAUCGCCAUCACUGCAAAUGACAUCGAGUAGUGCAACAAACGGUAAUAGCAACAACAACAACAGCAACCAUCAUCACCACCACCACAACAACAACAGCAAUUCACCAGUUACAAAUAAUACAACAAAUAGCACAAAUAUCGAUCCAUUUAUAAAUAAUAAUCGCGACGAAUCGAAUGAUACCCUUUGUUCGCAGCAUUUAUUAUCAUCACCAAGUGCUUCAUCAAAGAGUCCCGAUGGCAGUAGUCUACCCUCGUUAUGCAGUCCCAACUCCUUGAGCCAAGAAGAUGACUUCUCCUAUUACACGAUGAAUGUUGACGAUAUGGAUGAUUUGACAAUGCGUGCCCCCUAUAUUCCCAUGAAUGAACAGGACGAUUUACCCCUGCUGACAACCGACGAUUUCAUGUGGAGUAGCGGAAAUGCCUUUAACGCCGACGACUUUUCUCUCCAAACGAAAGAUACCACGGACAACAAUUUGCAGGCCUUGCAAUCGAUUAAUCAAAGCAAUAUCAAUUAUCAACAACAACAAUUUACCCAACCGCAACAACAGCAAUAUUCAAAUUCAUUAUGUUCAUCGCCAGCCUCAACAGUAUCGUCGUCAAUGUCGCCAUCGUCUCCUUUGCAGCAACAACAACAGCAACAAAUUCAACAACAAAAUAAUUCUCAACAAUUUUUACCAUCGGAUUCCAGUGAAUUGGCUGCCCUUUUGUGUAGUACGGGUUCCGCUUCACUAUCCCUAUUGCAGGAUAAUUCGAACACAACAACAAACAAUUCAUCGAUUGGUGGUAAUUGUGGUGGUAGUAAUGGUGUUAGUGUAUUAGUGAGUAAUGGUGUGGGUGCCGCCGGUAGUACCGACAGUGGUGUUAUGUUAACCGAUGAUUUGGAUAAUGUCAGUGUGGCCUCCGGCUCAGCAUCAUCGGCAACAAAUAAUCUCUCCCAACAACAACAACAUGAAUUCCAGCAGCAAUGUUUGCAACAAUUGCAAGAUCAAUUGCAGCAACAUCAACGCCAACAACAACAACUAUUAUUGAGUGGUCUAAAUAUCAGUUGUAAAAAAGAGAAAUUCGACGUUACGGCCAACAGUACCCCGACAGUGUCGCUAACACCAAGUUUAUGUGAUUCCAUUGAGGAUUCGUUCGACAGUGUCUACAAUAAGAAUUCAUCAAAUUUGGAUUGUUGGAAUGAGUUCUUGCAAAUUAACAACAAUACGGACAAUAGCAACAAUACAGCAACAACAGCAACGCCUCAGCAAACAACAAUACAACAACAACAAUCCCAAAACAGCUCCCCCAACAACAACAACAGCACACCAUCGCAAAGCAAUACAAAAAUUUUAAAUACAAAAGUGAAUACCAUCAAAUUGACUCCCCUGACCAGUACGGCCACAAUACGCAUUAUUGAGAAUCGCCAACCAUUGAUCCAUGCGGGUAAUAAACGCAGCAAUUCCCAAUUUUCGUCUAAUUCGUCGAACAGCAGCAGCAUGGAUUCGAAACGUAUGAAGGGCAUCAACAACAAUGACACAUCGUCGUCGUUGACAACAACAGCAACUUCCCAACUGCUACAACAAUUGAUAACAACACCCAAUGUGAAACAGCAGCAACAACAACAAGUUGUGGUCAAGUCAAAAUGCCACAAUGGCCAUGGCUGA